AUGGAUGACCCCGAGGAGACCUUUGGGGGAGAUGGGGAUGCCAGCCCGGCGCCCUACGAGGAGCUGGUGUCCGUGAUGGCCGGGGGCUUGUACGGGGAACUGGAGCGGCUGGUGGGCGCCCACGGCCCUACCGCGGUCUCUGGGCUGCUGCCGCAGGUAGUUUCCGUCCUGGAGGCCCUGCAGGAGGCUUGCGGGCAAGUGCGGGACCGGGACCAGGCUCUGGAGCGGCUGCGGGACGACCGGCUGAGACUCCUGGAGCAAUACGAGCGCGAACGGGCAGGGCGCAAGCGGGCGGACGAGCGGUUCAUGGAACUGGAGGAUGUGAUGGAUCAGGAACGUAAGGCACAUUCAACAGCUGUGAGCCAGUUAGAGGGCCAGAGCCGAAUCCUGGAGAGCAAAGCACGAAGCUAUGCAGAUCAGGUGGCUGGUCUGGAGGAACAAAAAUCUUCACUACUCAAGGAGAUUUCGAUUCUCAAUCAGAGCCACACAAAGAUGGUACAAAACUACAAGGAACUGAGAUCACAAAAAGUGGCAUCAGCUGGUCCAGGACACACUAGCUCUUCAUCCAUAGAAGAGAAAAGGCCGAAGCCCCCACCAGUUCGGGUUCGUAUGCCUCUACAGUUUCUAUCAAGCCCCUCAGACUUGAAGCCUCCCAAGUCCUCAGUGGAACAUGGAGAAAUGAAUGAACUUUCUCAUCCAGAGAAAAUGCCCCAGAAAGUUGCAGAAAGAAAUGCAUUUCCCUUGGCACAGGAAUUGGACGUUCAGCCAGAAAAGGAGGCUUCUCCUAGUCAGCAUGGCUUUGAUUUGGACGAACUUUUAAGCUCUACUCCAGAACUCAAAUCUGACCCCCAAAUGCAAAACAGCCCUUUGAAUACCACCCUCGAGCGCAACACGGUCUCCCUUUUCGCUGAAGUUUCAGGCCUCAGCCCAGACCUCCUCACUGACAUGGAUGAUGGUGCUGAUUUGCAGGGAGAUGCCUUAGAAACCUUGCUAGCAGAAAACACUCAGCUUCAAGAAGCACGAACUGCUCUGGACACAGCCCGCCGCCAUCUUAUUAACCGUGUGGAGGAGCUCAGCGAAGAGCGUGAAUCUUUACGGAUGGAGAAUGAGAGAUCAUUGACUGACCUGCGUAGUUGCCAAAUGCAGCUGAAAGAAGCUGAGUUGGAACUUCUUCGGAUCCGGCAAGAAUUUAAGGAAUCAAGGCGUUCCAGUGAGGAGGGAGAGGCUGAGGGGGCGCUGUCCCGGACUCAGAGGUUCACCCGUGCGGAGAUGGCCCGUGUCGUGAUGGAGCGUAAUUUGUAUAAAGAGAGGCUGAUGGAACUACAGGAAGCGGUUCGACGUGCUGAGCUUCUGAGGGCUUCUCGGGAGGAACAAGCGAUUCAAAUGAAGAAAUCAUCAUUUUGGAAAAUUUUUGAUCGCCUGUUCAGCCCAUCAGAUGCUCCUGAGAGCGCUGUGGCCUCUCCUCUACCACCAGGGAGGUCCCGGCCUAGCCGCAACAGCCAAAGAGAUUCAGGACGGAGCACACUGAGAUUCAUCCCACGAGCAAUCUCACCCUCUGAGGCUGAUGGCUCCCCACAGCAGAAGCGGCGAGAACUGUAUGGUGAGAUCCGCUCACACAUCUGGCAGGAACAUGGUCGGGCACAGAUCCAUGGAUGGAGCCAGCCACCUUCAUUUCAGGGCCCGGACCCACCUGCCGAAACUACUCAGGUACCUGUACUUGUGCAGCUGAGAAUGCUGGAGCAGAAGGACCCCAGUACCAAGCUCUGGUGUGCUGCAGCAUCUGUUGGGCUGGAGCCUCGAGAAACACCACAGAUUGAUACCCCCCAUGGCAGCUCUUCCGGCAGGUCUCAGCUGUGGGUGGCUGCUGGGACCCACUCCGCCAGCGAAGUGACCCUCUUCAAUGCUCCCAAUACUAACCAGCUCCUGGAACACUUUGUGCUGCCUGGAAUUCACAUCCUCUCCAUGGCUUGUGUUCCUGGUCUGACAGCACUUGUUGGUGAAAAGCCAUUGGAAGGGCCAGAGAUCCUUGAAGACCCUUUGGCACCCCGAUCUGACAGUGAUGAAGAAGCAAGGGAAACGGAGGAAGUUGGCAGAGAACCCACUGUCUGGAUUGGGACCCAGGAAGGCUGUAUCUACAUUCAUUCUGCUGUGACUGACUGGCGAUGUUGCCAAGGCAAAGCACGUUUGAAGGAGGCUGUCCAUUGUAUUGUGCAUACCCAAGGCCGCGUUGUAGCUGCCCUUGCUGAUGGCUCUCUGGCUAUAUUCCAUCGGAACGCAGAUCGCAACUGGGAUCUGCACUCCCCACGCCUGGUUGAAUUGGGAAGGCCACGGCGCUCCAUUCGUUGCAUCAUCCCUGUGUUUAAUUGGCUCUGGUGCGGUUACGGAAAUCGAAUCUACCUGCUGGAUCCUCGAACCGCUCGCAUUCAGCGAUACUUUGAAGUGACUUCACACCCUGAAAGCCAUGUCCGGCACAUGGCAGCAGCUGGUGGUGGCAUCUGGGUUUCAGUCCGUCUGGAGACCACUCUGCGCCUUCUCCACGCAGAGACGGGGCAGCCACUGCAGGAAGUGGAAUUGGAGCCCUUCAUCAGCCGCACAUUUGGGCCCAGCAGUGUUAUCUUAGCCUUGAACAUCUCAGCUCUUGGUGCUUUUGGAAAGCGGCUGUGGGUUGGCACAUCCGGUGGCACCAUUAUAUCUGUGCCUUUUGUCUCCGAAUUUUCCGAAAGCUUGGAGACUUCUCCCUCUUCUGGUAUCCCUUAUUGUGCUAUGGAGCAAGCCCAGAUCAGCUACCAUGGGCACCGUGAUGCUGUCCGUUUCUUUGUCUCUGUCCCAGGAUAUGUGGAUCCGUCUGCCGCAGAAUACCUCAAGGAAUCGCACAGUCAAGAGAAACUAAGCAAACCUUGCAGCUUAGUGCUAAGUGGAGGGGAAGGGUAUAUUAAUCUCCGGAUAGGAGACAACUCCGAUAAGCACUACGGUGACCUGCUACACCCGAACCCGCGCCUCCGUCGAGCGGAGCGAAGCCACCUCAUUGUCUGGCAGGUGCAGGACUGAGGUCAUGAUCGUGGACACUUGGGACAUGUGCUUCUGCCUGGAAGGGAAUGACACAACUGCCAGAUGUUGGCACUGCCUCCCUGUCACUGUUUCCUGCUCUCUUCCCUGACUCAGGUCAUCUCUUUCUCUGGGGUUUGCAGAGUUGAGAUAAAACUUUUUUUACCUUUUGAGACUGGUGGUGGGAAAAAGCCACUGGAGCUCUGGAAUCUGUUUGGUGAACAGGCUUGGUGAGAAGAACAGUUGGUGCCUCCUCCAAUCCUCCCUUUACUUUAUAUCAUCCAUUUCCAUUCUUU